AUCACGCCAUCUGCGCCUAAGCUGCGGCCAAUCGACACACUUUCCUGCAGCGGGCGAUUGAUCUCAGUGACAAAGCAAUCCGGAGAUAAAAAGAAAAUCUGGGGUAGCCGAUCCGAACGAUUUUGCUGCUUGUAAGGCGGACCAGGGGCUUAAAAGCAUAAUUUAUAGCUACUAAUCAUGGGCGCCAAGAUUGAGUGCUUCUUGGAUCUUGCAUCCUAUUUUAGCUACAUUGCCUUCGCCGACUUGGCGCAGAAUCGGGAUAAGCUGGCGGCCAAUGGAAUAGAAGUAGAGAUUCACCCCGUGCUGCUGGGUGGCAUCAAUCACUUGUCAGGCAACAAACCUCCAUGGACCGUUGAGGCCAAGGCCAAGUACCUCAAGUAUGACUCCCGUCGUGCGGCUGAGCGGAUUGGCCUCUCCAACAUCCAGAGCCCUCCCGAUCUCAUGGCCGUCUCUCACACCAUCUCACCACUUCGCGCUCUGCACUACAUCAAGGCCAAUUAUCCAAAUGCUACUUUUCUAGCUGCUUUUGAAUCUCUCUUCAUGGCCUUCUGGACGCCCCCAAACGUUAACCUCAUUCCGGAAGAGAAUCUUCGGGCCGUGCUCCAAGGGGCAACGGAGAAGCCAGGCCAAAGCGGUAGCAAGAAGCUCUUUACCGAACAAGAGGUCGAAACGAUUAUGCAGUCUCGCGGUAAGAUGAAGGAUGUUCUCUUGGCUACUACCAAGAGAGCUGUUGAUCUGGGGGCUUUUGGCGCGCCUUGGCUUUGGGUGACGAAUGCAAAGGGAGAAUCAGAGCCGUUUUUUGGAAGUGAUCGAUUUCACCACAUUUACAAGUUUUUGGACAUUCCGCAUCAGGAUAUUGCUGUUUUAGCGCCUUCAAAGCUGUGAGAGAAUGGGUUGAUGGCGAGCGAACGACCGGAAGAAUGAUGGUUACCCAGAUGUAAUUUACUUAGAGUAUAGGUAGUUAAGCAUGUUGCGUAUAUCAACUCAAAACUCCAAG